CUCAUCAGCACAGGUAACCAUGCAGGCUGAUAAUCGAAAAAGAGCACCAGCAUGGACCGUGAGGGAGGUACUGGAUCUGAUCGCUGUAUGGGGAGAGGAUUCAGUGCUUGCAGAACUUCGUUCUAAAAGACGAAAUGCAAAAACUUUUGAAAAAAUCUCCAAGGGCAUGAUGGAGAGAGGCCACAAUAGGGACUCUGAGCAGUGCCACGUGAAAGUCAAGGAGCUCAGACAAGCGUAUCAAAAAACAAAGGAGGCAAACGGUCGCUCCGGGUCAGAGCCACGGACAUGCCACUUCUACGCCAAGCUGCAUGCAAUUCUAGGGGGGGCUGCCACCACUACCCCACCUGUGAUCGUGGAUUCUGGGUCGGGGAUAGUCUCAUCAGCGACGCCUGAGGAUUCUGCCGAUGGGGGAGAGGAGGAGGAGGAUGAGGAUGAGCUUGCAGAGAGCACACAGCACUCCGUUCUCCCCAACAGCCAGGAUCUUUUUCUCACCCUGACUGAAGUACCCUCCCAAGCCUCCCAAGCCAGUACCCAAGACUCUGACCCCAUGGAAGGGACCUCAGCAGCUGCAAAUUCCUCAAGCCUCCCUCCUCCAUCCCGAAGGUUAUCACAGAUAAGGCGUCGUAAGAAGAGAACGCGAGACGAGAUGUUUUCUGAAAUUAUGGAAUCCAGCCGCAGUGACAGAGCUCAUCUGAAUGAGUGGAAGGAAACAGUUUCAAAGUAUAGGAAAGAAGCCAGUGAACGUGAGGACAGGAGGGACCAACGUGAGGACAUGAGGGACCAACGUGAGGACAGGAGGGACCAACAUGAGGAGAGGAGGGACCAACGUGAGGAGAGGAGAGACGCUCGAGAUGAGAGGUGGCGGCAGGAAGACCAGAGGAGGCAGGAUGCAACGCUGGGGCUGCUGCGUGAGCAAACAGACAUGCUCCGGCGUCUGGUGGAGCUUCAGGAACGGCUGCUGGAAAACAGACUGCCGCUUCAGUCCCUGUUCCACCCUCCUCCCUCCCCAUGUUCCGUAUCCUCCUCACCCAGACGUGUAAGAACACGGGGGGGAGGCUCCGUACACCUUCCCAUUCCACCCCAAUAGACAGCCCAAGCAAAAGGCUGUCAUUUUUUUAACCUUUUCUUUGUGGCUUUUUCCUUCCCAGCAAUCCUCCUCCCAAAUACCACCCGGGUUCCCUCCC